AUGGCCGGACGUCAAUCUGUCUUAGUUUGGGUUGGUAUUGUUGCUGCAGUAGCAAUUGCGUUGAUCCCUACGUGCACUACAGCACAACUUGAUCCUGAUGUGUAUAAGAAAUCGUGUCCUCAGGCAUUGCCGAUCAUCAGAUCAGUUGUCAAGAAAGCGAUUAAUCGCGAGGCACGCAUCGGAGCAUCGCUACUACGACUUCACUUCCAUGACUGCUUUGUUAACGGGUGUGAUGGAUCAGUUUUGCUGGAUGACUCUGCUAACUUCACUGGUGAGAAGACGGCAUUUCCAAAUCUGAACUCCAUUAGAGGUUUUGACGUCGUCGAUGAUAUCAAGGCAACUCUCAAUAGCGUUUGCCAUGGAAAUGUGGUCUCAUGCGCAGACAUCUUAGCUGUGGCAGCUCGUGACUCCGUUGAGAUUUUGGGAGGUCCGUCCUAUUCCUAUGAAGUGUUGUUGGGCAGAAGAGAUGCAACAACUACAAGCAUAAACGAUGCCAACAGAAACCUUCCACCUCCGUUUUUCAACUUCCCUCAACUUCUUUCCAAUUUUCAAUCCCAUGGUUUAGACCUACAAGACCUAGUCCUUCUCUCGGCUGGCCACACCAUCGGACUGGCUAGGUGCACCACCUUCCGGACCAGGAUUUACAACGAAACCAACAUAGACCCUGAAUUUGCAGCCUCCCUAAAACAAGGUUGUCCUUCAAAUGGUGGAGAUGACAACACGGCGCCGCUAGACUCAACGACAGCAAGAUUCGAUACUGAUUACUUCAAGGCUUUGCUGGAGAAGAAGGGUCUGCUCCACUCUGACCAGGAGCUCUUUAAAGGCGAUGGUAGUGACAGUGACAACCUGGUGCAGCAUUACGCUAACAAUCCGAAAGACUUUGCAGUUGAUUUUGGAGCUUCCAUGAUCAAGAUGGGUAACAUGAAGCCUCUCACUGGAUCUGAUGGUGAGAUUAGGCUCAACUGCAGGAAAAUCAACUAG